CUUAGGUCUGUCUCCUCAGUCCGAACCGACCUGAGCUACAGUGACCGCGCAUUUAAAAAAAAACUUAAAUAUCGGUAAAAUGGCUUCUCAAAAUUCACCUACAGCCGUUUUGACAAAUUUCGACAAAAAGGAUCUUAACUUCAACGCGCGAUAAAUAGUGCUAAAAACACAAUUUUUCUAAAAUAACUUUUAAAUAAAAUAAUGUGACAGUAAACACUAAAUAACAUUGGUGAUAAUAACAUUAACACUAAUUUCUUACAACAAAUUAAUAAGUGUACUAUUUAUAAAUAAAUAUCAUAAGUUAAGAUAUUGAUAUUAAAGUUAUAAAAUUCAGCAAUUCAAAUUUUUCAAAACCUACGCUUAAAUCCUUAGUGCCAAGUUGUUUCAAUUUUAGACUAUUUUAUAUAGCGUAUUGUUGAAUAUAUUUUAAUUGAAGAAGAUUAUAAACUCCGUGUAAGUGCCAACAGAAUUUUAAAUCAUGAAUAUUAUUUCGUACAGUCUUUCAAAUGAUUUGUGAACCCAGUGUCAAGAUCGCAAUUCAGCUAAAAGAUGUCUGAGAAGAAAGCCGCUAAAUUAAAAUUGCUCGGUAGAAGUGCCAGCACUGAAUCAACAGAUUAUUCCAUCACGAUGGGCAAAUCUGUACGAAAAAAGAGCAAAAAAGCCAAGCCUAAAGAACGCUGGCUUUUGACCCGAAAAACCUGGAGAUACAUGGCAGAUGCCGGCCGAAAACUCAUACCAGACGGUGCUCAAAACAGACCAGAAGACAUACCAAAAAUCGAAGCAUAUUUCCAAGAAGUUUGUAAGAAAGAACCGCGUUUUCUAUUAUGGCGAAAAAACUCCUACCCAGGUGCUCUAAGCUUCAGAAACAAGAAAAAAAGAGUCUCCCGUAAAGGUGGUAGUUGUCGCAAUGCAGUAUCAGCUGACGAAGUAAGUCUUGGAAAAUCUGAUAAACCUGUUAGACCCACCCAUCUUAAUAUCGAACAGACCACUUCUGGAAAAUUCGAUGUACGCCGUAUGAAAGAGGAAUUUCUUACCAAAAAUGGCUCAGCAUCAGGAUAUUCAAAUUACGAUCAAAAAAUGAGUUCACCAGAACAAUCCGAAGAAAGCGCCGAAGAAGUCCAACUUAUUAGUAUGCUAGAAAAAUACCUAUCGAUAAGUAAAGGUGAAUCUGUAGCUGAGAAACCCAAAGCAGAUUUUAACUAUCAAGAUUUAGUUGAUAAACUACAAAGACAUCUUACUAUACAUGGUGGUCAGCAAUACGAUAAUACUCGUAGAACACAUUCUCCUUCCCAUACACAACACGUGCACUUUGAAGGCGAUCAUGUUCAACGAACUCUUCUUGAUACUCUUAGUAGGUAUUACAGCCAAACUACUAACAGAGAUAAAAUUAUAUCAGAUCUUCUAACAGAUAGAAGAGCUUUAGAGAAGCUUUAUUUUGAAUUAAGAAAGACUAAAGGUUUUAGAGGCAGCAGAGGUGGUACUGGUUAUACUACAUCUUAUGCGUAUGGUCCACAAAGAAGCAACUAUGAAAAUCCAUUAAAAUACCACGAACAUUUAACCAACAAAUACCAUGAUAAUUUAAAACCUAAAAGCAGAUUGCUAAAAGAUAGUCCUUCAACAAAUCACCCACCUCCUCUAAUAGAAGUCCAAAGUGCUACGCAAGAAAUAACCUACCACAAUUGGGGCACUCAGACUCUACCAAUUUCCGAAUCUGCAUUACAGCGAAUCGAAGAAGAUUACAAGAAACUACAAGAGGAAAAGACUGCUGAAGAAUCGUGUUCCCGAGAAGGCAAAUCAUUUCGCAGAAGAAGCAGUGUUGAUAACGACGACGUAUCCCAAUCAGUAAGUGACACAAUUAAAAGAUAUCUAAGAAUGGCGCGUAAAAAGAGUGUAGACGUUGACAAAGUAGAUAGGUUUAAAAGAGUUAAUUACGACAGAAAUUUAAGGAAUAUAAAAGCAAAAGGUGAAAUAACAAAACCAGGAGACGAUGACGGAUUAAAUAAAGGUUGUCAAACAAACGAUGAGUGGAUUCUAAACUAUCGUGAUCUUAAAUUCGCGGAUUUAUACGACGUUUCGGACACAGAAAGCCGGUUUUCGAGCUCGCGCAGCUCCAUGGAUAUUGGGUUAGUAGACGAAGUUGGAGCUAAAUCUUUACCUUCUUCUCCGCCUUCGGCAAAAAGCGGUCAUUCAUUUUUGAGCCAUUUGCUGCACGGGAAACAGCAGCACGAUAAGCAUGAUAAGAGUGAUAAGCAUGAUAGGAGUGAUAAGCAUGAUAAGAGUGAUAAACAUGAUAAAAGUGACAAAUCUUCUUCUUCAGCAGUGUCUUCUGGCGGGGCCAUGCAGAAGAGCAAGUCUUCUUCGAGUGUUAUGCACCACGGCAGUCGACUGAUGGCUAAGAAGAUUUUUAGGUCGAGGUCGAAGAGUCAGACUAGAUCGUCGCAUUUGUGCAGUUGGACGCCUCAGGGCAGCUGCGUCUGGAGCAAUAUAACUGGAAGACAAGUUAUGUUAAGUGAUACAUCUUUAUUAAAUUUGACUGAAAUAGAGAGAAAAGUUUUGCAGAAAGUGGCCAUAGCGAAGCUGCAAGCGUUGAAUUUAGGAGUCAAUAUCAAAGUGCCAAAUGAAGUAGGUAGUGUGGCAGUGAAACCCAAGAGAAGGCCGUACUUGCUCAAAAGAAAAGCUUUAACAACUGGCAUUUUUGAUGCAAACCGAAAAGAGGAUGAAAAAAAUAAAGAAAACAACACUACUGGCGGUCUAGUCUUUGGCAUUUCCCUAUCGCAGUGCGUGGAAAACGACAGGGUGACUCGAUCGGCUUCAGGAACAAGUCCCUUCCGGAGCAGGGGAGAACUUUCCGGUUCCGGUGACGAGCCCGCCAAAAUGGGCAGACAUGGAUCUAGAUCGAGUUUCAGUUCACUUAUAGAUGCUCCCAGAAACGAUGAAAAAGGCUCGUUAGAAAAUCUGUCGUUACACAAAAGGAUGGUGGGCAGCGUGCCAGGACUUCUAGAUUCGAUUUCCUGCAGUUCGAAUGCAGACAUACCUGCGGCAACGAUGGAAGAGGAAUCUGCCGUUCCAAAUAUUCUAUCGGAAUGCUUUCGACAUUUGGAACAGAAUGGAUUACAUACCUUAGGACUGUUUCGAGUCAGUACAUCAAAGAAAAGGAUAAGACAACUCCGAGAAGACUUCGAUUGCGGCAAAGAAACUACAUUAGAAAACGAACAAUGCCCGCAUGAUGUAGCUACUCUAUUAAAGGAAUACCUGAGGGAUUUACCCGAUCCCUUACUAUGCAGAGACUUAUAUCAUCCGUUUGUUCAAACACAAAGGAUACGAAAUAGAAGACUGCAAUUUGAGGCCCUCCAACAUUUGGUUCAACUUCUUCCUUCAGCAAACAGAGAUACUCUUCAUGCACUCCUUAGUUUUCUAGCUGUUGUAGCUAAAUAUGCAGACGACAGUAAAAAUGAAACAGGUGACCCAAUCGCUGGUAACAAAAUGGACUCCAACAAUUUAGCCACUGUUUUUGCCCCUAAUAUUUUACAUUGUAUAAAACCGGGUGCAAAGGACAAUGCAGAUAGGCCGGAAGAUAGGAUAGAUAUCAUUAACGUAGUGAGAACUCUUAUAGAUCAUUAUAAGAAUAUUUUCACGGUAUCCGCGGAGCUGUUAGACGAGGUCUAUAUUCACAUGAUGGAUUCGCAUCCAGAGGAAUUGGAAGCUGUAAUGAAUAAGAAGGAUGGUAGUGCUGCAGCCGAUGAGUCUGUUGAUGAAUUAGAUAGUGAAAGCAACUCUGCACCUUGGACUCCAACAACUUUAACUCACGAUCCCCCGCUGGACAGCAUUUUCGAUACCAAACUAGCGACGGAUCCGAAGAAAACGUAUUCUAGAGAAGAAUUUCUUCAUGAAGCAGCAGCUACUGGAGGUCCAAACAUCGGAAUGAGGAUAAGACAUAAAGACCGAAUAAGAGAAAAAAGCUACAGACGACGUCGCGAAAAAGCGGAAGAUGGUAAAGAAGGAGGCAGCAUAACGUCAUCCGCCUUAACAAUAAUCUCCAGGUUCAGAGGCCAAAGAGACGACGAUUACAGUUACAGUAAAAACCGUUCGUCUUCGAUCGAAUCGACUAGUUCAGCACAUACCGAGUCCGAUUUGACCAGACUUAUGAAAAGUACAGACGAGCUCUACGAAAGAAGAAAAUCUUCACCAUACGUUUUGGAUAACAGUGGAAUAAUAACUGCGAGCUUAACUAUACCCGUUCACACACAGAACCAAUCGCUAUCUUACAACGUUGAUGAUGACAUUCCUUAUAUAGAAGAUGGUGACAGUGGUAGGCAGCAGAUGACUGUAGGGUUGGUGAGAACGCCUACGGUACCGCCACGAAGAAGAAACCAUUCUAUCGAUAGCGAUUCUUCUGCGACCUCUAGUAUGCAGCCUAUAACUGGCUCGAUAUCUGUGGUACCAGGUUACGAUUCGGCUGUAGGUUCUUCUGCUACUACCUAUUCAAGCCCAGUACAAAAUACUCCUACAUCAAUAUCCAGCAGUAUCGCUGACGCAGGUGUAUACAGUUCACCCCCUUCAUGGACAUCUAGUCCUCCCACAUCACCUGACAGUACUAGAACUUCUGUAAACUAUAUACCAGACGAUAUUAAUUCUCCUAAAUCCGUAAUAAAAAUUUUAAAAAGUAACAUAGUUAGAGAAAUAGCUCCUAGUUUACAAAAAGUUUCGUUCUCUUCGACACAAGAGAUACAGCAAGUUAAAGAUCCGUCCAGAACGUACCACAGAGAAGUUUCUUUUAGUAAGCAAAAAGACGUUGAAAGAGAGCCAAGAUUUACAACUAGCAUUACUAGUAUUGGUAACGCUGUGCUAAGAUCAAAGACUGCCGAUUUCGAAAAGAUGAUGAAAGCGGAUGCGGCUAAAACUAAAACAACAGCUUCAUCUACUAUAGAGAAAGAGAAAAAGAAAUACACAAAGAGAAGAUAUACUGAUUCGAGGCAUCAAACUAGACAUAUACCAGACUCUGAAGCUUUAGAAUCGGCUUCUUCUCAAAUGAAGCGAGAAGAGAAAUCGACUAAUUCUCAAAGUGGACCUGUAUAUAAAAGAAGGGAACUAAUUUCUAGUGUUCCUACUAAAUAAAAAAAAUAUAAUCUAAAUAAUAAUAAUAAUAAUAAGAUUUUAUUAAAUGUGUUCAGAACUUAUGUAUAUAUUGCAAGUGAUAAGUGUAUUAGAUCUAGUCUUAUAUAGUGUUUACUGUCCCAAAAAAUUGUUAUUUAUUUUUUAAGAAAUGUCAAAAAGUUGAAGAUGUAGGAAAUUAAAUUAUU